AUGGUUGUUAUGCACAGUUUGGUUGUUAUCAUUGCUGGUUUUAUGCUUUGGAAGUUUAUCAAAGAGAUUACAAAGCCAAGAAAGAUGUUGACGCCAUUCUUGGAAUCAAAGAGACCACAGCAGAGUCCCGAAUUCGAUUAUUCGACUUUAUCAAAUUACAGAGCUUUUAAAGUCAACCAUACAGCUUUAAAUUUGUCUAUAUCUUUCGAUAGACAGACUAUUUCAGGUGACGUUCUAUAUGAUUUGACCAAGAUUGCUCAGGAUACCAAGGAGAUUCAUUUGGAUACUUCAUUUUUAAAGGUUUCUAAAGUGGAAAUCGACAACGUCUCCACAGAGAAUUACCAAAUUCAUGAAAGAAAGGAACCUCUCGGUUCUCAAUUGACCAUCAAGCAAGAGAAAUUGAACAAUGCUUUCAAAUUAAGAUUAUGUUUCGAAACUACCGACAAAUGUACCGCUUUACAAUGGUUGAAUGCAAAACAAACUUCAGGUAAACCAUACGUUUUCUCGCAAUUAGAAGCUAUUCACGCAAGGUCUCUGUUCCCAUGUUUUGAUACACCAUCAGUGAAGUCUACUUUCACCGCUAGUAUCCAAUCGCCUCUUCCAGUUGUCUUUUCAGGUAUUUCCACCGAAACCACAGAGGAAAACACUUACGUCUUUGAACAAAAAGUUCCAAUUCCAGCCUAUUUGAUCGGUAUUGCCUCUGGUGACUUAGCAAGUGCCCCAAUUGGGCCUCGUUCUACAGUUUACACUGAACCAUUCCGUUUGGACGAUUGUCAAUGGGAAUUUUCUGGGGACGUUGAAAAAUUCAUCACUGCUGCUGAAAAGAUCAUCUUCCCCUAUGAAUGGGGCACUUACGAUAUCCUCGUCAAUGUCAAUUCAUACCCUUACGGUGGUAUGGAGUCUCCAAACAUGACUUUUGCCACGCCAACUUUGAUCGCAUACGAUAAAUCAAAUAUUGACGUUAUCGCUCAUGAAUUGGCACAUUCAUGGUCCGGUAAUUUGGUCACCAAUUGUUCUUGGAAUCAUUUCUGGUUAAAUGAAGGUUGGACCGUGUACCUUGAAAGAAGAAUCACAGGUGCCAUCCAUGGUGAAGCCACCAGACAUUUCAGUGCUCUUAUUGGUUUAAAUGAUUUGAAAAAUUCUAUUGACUCAAUGAAAAAUCCACAGAGAUUCUCUACUUUGGUACAAAAAUUGAAUGAUGGCACAGAUCCAGAUGAAGCAUUUUCUUCGGUUCCUUAUGAGAAAGGUUUCAACUUGUUAUUCUAUCUAGAAAAUUUGCUCGGUGGUACCGAAGAAUUCGAUCCAUUCAUCAAACAUUAUUUCUCCAAAUUUUCUAAGAAGUCCUUGGAUACUUUCCAAUUCCUAGACACUUUAUUCGAAUUCUACCCAAGCAAAAGACAGUUGUUAGAAAGCGUUGAUUGGGAAACCUGGCUCUUCACUCCUGGUAUGCCACCAAAGAACGAAUUUAUGACCACUUUAGCCGAUGAUGUCUUUGAAUUAGCCAACAAAUGGAUUUCUCACGCUGGCAAGAUCAACGAUGCAGAAGAAUUCGCCAGAAUUUUCAGUGUCCAAGAUGUAUCCAACUUCAACUCGAACCAAAUCGUCCUAUUCUUAGAGACGUUGACCCAAGGUGGCUCCGUGGCCGAUUCUAGUUUCGACUGGAGCGAACAUCAAGUCGCUGCGAAGAGUCUACUAUCCAUCUACAACGACAACAUCGUACAAUCCAAGAACGCCGAAGUCGUCUUCAAGGUGUUCAAGUUCAAGAUCUCCGCCCACUUGUCGGAAUACUAUCAAGACCUUGCAGACUGGUUAGCCACUGUCGGCAGAAUGAAGUUCGUUCGUCCAGGUUACAGACUCUUGAACUCUGUCGACCGCGACCUGGCCCUGGCCACCUUCGACAAGCUCAAGGAUACGUACCACCCAAUCUGCAAGGCCCUCGUCAAGCAAGACCUCGACCUUUAA